CCCGUUUUCUCUAAACCCUCUCUCCCUUACUCGGUCCUGUCGUCGGCCUAACCUUUCUAGCAACGGCUCCCUCUUUCUUUCUCUUUCCUUUUUUUUUCUUCUCUUCCCUUUCCUUCUGCCCCCAGUUUCAUCUCUUUCUAAAAAAGGCUAGCUACCGAUCUUCUCGGAGUGCAAGGUCUCCUUCACUCUAAAAACUGUAUAAUACCUUGAAAUUUAUCCUAUCCGUAUCACCUUUCUCUAAAAAAAAACAUAUUUUUCUUUCUCUCUGUCUAAUAAUCCAUUCAAUCAGAGAGGGAACUAGGGCAAAGCCAAGAACAAGAACAGAACAAGAUGAUUAUUCCAGUUCGCUGCUUCACAUGUGGGAAGGUUAUUGGUAACAAAUGGGAUACUUACCUUGAUCUUCUCCAGGCCGACUACACUGAAGGAGAUGCUCUUGAUGCUUUGGGCUUGGUUCGAUAUUGCUGUAGGCGAAUGCUUAUGACUCAUGUUGACCUCAUUGAGAAGCUUCUGAACUAUAACACUUUGGAGAAGUCCGAGACCAGUUGAGGAAACAUCUAGAAGUUAGUCCUGCAUGCUCUAUUGCAGUUCUGACUGCCUAUGUGAUUCUAAGAUUUGUGUAAUGUGGAACGUAGUCAGAAUCCAAACAAUGAAAGACUUCAAUAGUAGUCAACUUGUACUUUGGUUCUAUAAUGGAUCAUUUAUACGUUUGAACCUACCUGGUAAUUUUAAAAUAUUAAAUUAUUGGAACAUUGUGCCUGUUGUUCAGAACUUUGCUAUUUCCUUGGAUAAAUAUUUAGUCAAAGGAUAUGGUUGAGGGAUGUGAUAUGUUCAAUAGUGGUCAAUAUGUUUGUACUUAUUCCUCUUCAUUUGGAGUCCUUUGUCAAGCAGACUUCUUUUCGAAACAAAUCCAAAUAGUCUAUCUGAA